AUGCAUAUUAUUCCAUCGCAUAUGAAACGUGACAUUAAUACGCCAACAUUAGAAGAUAGUUUAAAAAUGUAUAUUGAACAUUCAAAUAUACCACUUAUAAUUUAUCUUCAUGGACAAGAUGGAACAAGUGAUUUUGGAAAUCAUGUAGUUACACUGGACUAUAGAGGUUAUGGUGAUUCAUCUGGUACACCAACUGUUCGUGGUGUUGUUGAAGAUGUUGUAAAUUUAUUUAAAUUAAUUCGAAAUAUUUUACCAGAUAAUCCAAUAACGAUUUGGGGACAUUCAAUGGGAACUGGAGUUGCUCUGUUAACAAUCGAUUAUCUUUUGAAAAAUCUAAAAGAUUACAAACAACCAUCUGGUCUUGUGUUGGAAGCACCAUUUUAUGAUACAAUAGAAGGUGUUAAAUCUUAUCCAUUAUCAAGAAUUCUUAAAUUGAAUCCAUUCUUUAUGGAUGCUGCUAUGGAUGCUUUGAAAAAUGUGUCACUGGAUUUUCCAAAUCAUAAACUUAUUUCUACUCUUCCACUUCCAAUUGUCAUGCUUCAUGCCGAAGAUGAUUUGAUUAUUCCUUAUUAUCAUGCUACAUUGAUUGAAGAUUAUGUUAAAAUGCAUCGUAAUUCAUCAUUACCGCCAGUUAAAUUAAUAACUAUCCCAAAACUAGCCAGAUGCGGACAUAAUCAUAUUUAUUCAUAUCCUAAGUUUAAACAAGUUGUCAGUACGCGUUAUCGCGAUAUUCAUCUGUAUCGUUAUAAACACACAAUUGUUUUAUUGAUACUGGGCUCACUUGUUGGUAUCUAUCUGUUAAUUUCAAUUUUAUUUCCAUUAUUACUCAUCAUUUACCCUCGAAUAAUGAACAGAAUCGUUUUUGCCAAUUUUCUUACAACAUUCAAUAAUCUUCGACGACCAGAAAAUUUGGGACUCGAACGAGUUUAUAAUUUUUAUUUGGAUGUUGAACCGGGUGUCAGAUUGGGCAUAUGGCAUUUUCGUUCGCCAUUAGUACAAGAUCAAGAUUUUAUCGAUGAUGAUGAUUAUUUUUCCAAACAUUUUCUAUCUCAAACGGAUGAAAAUGGACAAUUAAUACCGGUUAUACUUUAUAUGCAUGGAAAUGCUUUCGAUAGAGCUCAAAGUAGUCGUCGUGAACUUUGUAGUCGAUUACGAGACGAAUUGAAGUAUCAUGUAUUUGCAUUUGAUUAUCGAGGCUAUGGUGAUUCGACUAGUCAUCCAUCUGAACGUGGUUUAUUGAAAGAUUCUCGUACAAUUUAUGAUUUUUUAUAUCAAUUUCAUAAUGGUCGUCAACGAAUUUAUUUACAUGGACAUUCUUUAGGAUCAGCUGUAGCUUGUCAAUUAGCAGCACGUUUAUCAGAUGAUGAAAGUGCAUCGUUAGCAGGUAUUGUUAUGGAGGCUCCUUUUAUCAACAUUCAAGACGCAUUACAAACCCAUUGGGCAGCAUUACCAUUUCGUUGGCAACCGUGGUUUUAUUAUUUAACAAAUCGUGCAUUAAAACGAAGUGCAUUAAAAUUUGAUACAAAAUUUCAUUUAAGUAGUGUCAAUUGUCCCGUGAUUAUUUUACACGCUGAUGAUGAUUGGAUUGUACCCUAUAGACAUGGUGUACAUUUAGUACAAACUGGGAUAGCUAUUCGUCAAGAAAAUCGUAAAAAUUCAAAAUUACCAAAAUUUAAAAUUGACAUGAUAUCAUUUCAUAAACAAGGUUAUGGACAUCGACUCAUUUAUACAGCACCCAAUUUGAUACAAUCAUUAAAACGACUUACAUACGAUGAAGAUCUUUCAGAAGAAACAUAG